ACUUAAUAUCUUUUGCUUCAGAGUCUGCUUGUCAUUUCGCUACAAAGAAGAUACGUGUUCAGUUCAGGUAAUUGUGCCAGUUUAUCACUGUAUGAGGAUUUUGAUUAGAACUGGUGACAUCAGCUAAGACGAAAUUGCAUGAAGACUUGAGGGGUCAGUUACUUAAACAAAGUGAGUAGCUCAGAUAACAGUAGAAAAAAUAAGUGUAUUUUAGAAACCUAUUUAUAAGUGGCUUGUUUUGAGUCGAGGGCUGUAACUUCAAGCCUAGUUGGCCGGACAUUGUACCCAAUUAAUUAUUCUUCGCCCACAAACAGAUAGCAUUUUACUUGACUCCAAUGAUGAUGAAGAAAUGGCUGCUCCCGUCAAUACGGGACAACGUAUAUAUUGUAGUGAAUUAAUACUAGCGCAUCAGAAAACAUCACUAAUCAUGAUAGGCAUGAAGUUGAAAAUAAUUAAGGCGCCAAUUUAAUAUGUUAAAACACCGUUUAACCUCUGUUUUUUUUUAACCGGCCCAAGUAGAUGUUUUUUUUGCCAGUAGUCAGUUCGUCUGUUAUAAAACUUUGUUAUUUACUUUUCUAAAAUGGAGGAAGUUUCCACUUCAGUUAGCCUGAAUUUCAUCCGAUUACUUCGAGUCGUUAUUACUCCCUCAGUAAUUGAAUUUCAUCCGAUUACUUCGAGUCGUUAUUACUCCCUCAGUAACGUCUGAAUCGACCGGCCGUUAAUGCCGUCCAGUGACGUCACUACUCCUUGACCUUUGCUUUAAUUCAUGCAAAAAGCAAAACACGAUUUUUAAGUGGCAAACCAAGAAAUAUCGUUUGGAAAUGUCUGCAAGAUACAGAACUGCUUUAUUUUUUUCGAUUGUAGUUCAUGUUUAACGUUCAAACAAUCAACUGCAUGCGGUACAUCUCUGAACCGGUUGUACUAAAUUCUAUAAUCAAACUCGGUCGCAGUCACGCAAUGAAGUAAAACAUGAUAAAAACACACACGGAACACUUACUUCAAAAACAAAAUGAUUUGCUUUAAUUGAAAAGAAGCUAUUUGGUCCUUAACAAAGAAAAAAACAAGGAGAAAAGAAAGAAAAGCUAACAGAAUCAUCACACUUGACAGUGAAAUAGCAAGAAGGUCGAAUUAAAAUUCAGAAAACUUCGCGUAAACAAAAUCACCAGCCGCCGAAACCACAAAGCGGCUCUGAAUGAAAACUCACCUACCGACUCUCCGCGAUGAUUCUUCAUUCGCAGUUCAAUUUAACAUUUCAGUUUCGAAGACAAGGGCAAUUUUGCUGUUUAAGAUAAAGAUUAGCUCAUAGAAAUGUUUGAACUAACCGAAAGAAUGCCAGGGAUGCGACCCGCUGAAUAUCAAAUGACAAUCCCGCUAAAAUUUUUCAUAAUUAUACAUAAUUAUGCAAAUGUUUAGACAAUCAACCAAUCAAAGUCACUACCCGGUUUUCGGGUAGUGAGUGACGUCACUGGACGGCAUUAACGGCUGGUCGAUUCAGACGUUGUUGAGAGGAGAAAACGACUCGAAGCAAUCGGAUGAAUUUCAGGCUACCACUUCAGUGUGAGACAGUAAAAGUACGCUACCAACUCCACAGGCAAAUUUUCUAAAGAAACAAUUUUAUCAGUUAUGAUCGAUUUUCUUUUUCAGUUUAUUUGAAUACAGAAAUUGAAUUGAAUUUUACUCCUAGCAAUUGGCAUUUCUUUUCCCCGGUCAGUAAGGGCUACUUGUGCUGAGUAUGUUAUGAUGCAAACAAACAACUUAAAAGUGGUUAUAAAUUCAAAGGCGGAAAAUGUUCAGUUUGCGUAAGAUCCACUAAACCCUAAAAUUUCUACUACCAGGUUUCGAUAUAUCUAGCUAUAUCUACCCUCUCAAAGGGAAAUUUUAGGAUUAUCAACUGAACGCAUUGCUAGAUUCAAAACAUUCCCGAAAUGAUGAAAGUGACGUAGCCUUCCUAUGUCAGAAUGAAUUGAUAUGGUUGAUUGAGAGAUUACAACUUUUAUAGGAAGUCUAUCGGCAAAACUUGUUAACAGAAAUAACAGUAAAAGCAGAAAGUAAUUAGAGAUUUUUUCAGUUAAAUCAGCCGUCAUAAAAGGCUUCACCUGUCCAUUCGUCUUCGAACAGCUCAAAAAGGACAUCUUAAAGAGAGACCUUUGUAUCUCGUUUUUAUAUGAUGGCAUAUCAUUAUUGAUAGAUUAAACAGCCCUGUAAUCAUCAAAGUGAUCGUUAACUCAAGUGCGUGCGGUCUGCUUCCAAGUGAAUUGAUAUUGGUGGCCACUCCGCUUCAAUGAAUCAGUAAGACUUCUCUAGCAACUCGAAUAGGGAAUCAUAAACGAAUGGUUACAGUUAGAACCCUGAGAGAUUUUUUUUUUUUCACAUGUGAGAAAGUCAGAUGUGUUCAGCAGCCACGUUAGUGACUCUCUAUAGUGGCAAGAUAAAAUCAUCGUCGCCACUUUUAGUAGCUUGAGGCAGGAGGAGCACCAAGUUUUCAUGAAAAUAUUGGCAAACGAAAAGCCUCAAAAAAGUCGUGUUACCGCAUUCUUUGAUGAUAAAAAACAGCCCUUGCCUAAUCUUAUAACCAAUUUGCUUUUGCGCUAACUUCACAUAGAGUGAAAGAGUGAAGAAAAGAUGAUAUCGAGAAUGUCAACUUACUUCACGUAAUGGUUUAAAAAAUUAAUUAUUAGAAUGUUAUAUAGUUGAUAAAAAGGGGGGAUAGUGAGCAAUUAGCCCUACCUUUCUACACUAUAUUUUAGCACAGAUAAAUGUUUUAGAUUUUGUUUUCUCUGUCAGUGCUUAAAUAGUGUAUAUAGACCUAAUUUGGGGGUGUAGGGAGGGAGCAAGGUAAUUAACUAAAUAAUAAUAGACUGUUAUUAAAAUUAGUCCCCCAGAUUGCUUACAAAAGUGUCGUUAGGAUGCCAUUCAAUGUCUUUUCAUCUCAUGCUUGAAUAUGUGUUUUACUCUUUAUCAUGUUUUAAUACAACUCCAUGAUGAACUGUGCAUUAAUUUGAGCAACAGGUUGCAAGAGUCUAGUUAGCUCUUCAUGAUUAUAGUUUCCAACAUCAAUAUUGCUGUAGCAAUAAAAAGGGGUGGUAGGCCUACACGACUUUUACCUCAUGCCAAAAUGCUGCUUGUUCCAAGAAAGUUUUUUUUUUGCCUCUCUCUCUCUCUCUGCGGGGCAGAUUAUGCUCUGGAAGUGUGCAAGUUUCUCUUCUCAGUCGAUUCAUCUUGGUGGAGUACUCGAGGAUUUUAACAAAUCCAUACAUAAAAUACAUAACUUGUCUUGUAUCACACUCUUUGGUGAGUUUUAUUUGUUUGUUGGCUGGGUGUUUUUUUUUUUGCGUAAAGUUAUAAGAGGUUGUGAUAAUUUUCAAUAUUGCCAGAAGGGGGAGAUCUUUCAUUAAGUAAAAAUAGAUCAUAAUUGUAUCUUUGUUGGCAAUAUUUGAAUUUCGAAUAAAUAUUUAUUUUAAUGAAAUUGACAAGCUAUUAAUCGGAAAACCAGCGCUUGCGUUCUUUUAGUAAUAAAUAUGGGACAGAGGUGGAAAUACAAAUUUUCUUAUAUCAGGCAUGAAAACGUUUGACCAAUAUUAACUCUUUGAAUGACUCGUAACGCUGAUAACCGAUUGAGACUUUAUAGUUUAUUCAUUUAAUUUUGAAAAGUGUAAAAUCUAGGCGUUCAAAUUAACAUAUUAAUAUUACUGAGUUAUUUUAAAACUUAUGAAGACUUUGAAGUCAAUUAAGUAAUCUAUUAAGACUUGGAGUCAACUUAUUGAACAUUGUAAAUGGUAAUCUAUUAAGACUUUGAAGUUGAAUUAUUAAACACUGAAAACGUUAAUCUAUUAAGACUUUGAAGUUACUAUUAAACAUUGUAAAUGGUAAUCUAUUAAGACUUUGAAGUUAACUUAUUAAACAUUGCGAACUUUUUUUGAUUGACAAGUUAACUAUAUUAACUUUACGUCGUAAAAUUAUAUUUGAUUGACAACUUAAGAAGCAGAUAAAUUUUACGUCUUAAAGGUUACGACGUAAAACCUAUUUGAUUGACAACUUGACGAAUGGAUUAAUUGCAACGUAUCUUACGACGUAACGUGUAGCUAAAAUUUAUUUUACGUCGUAAUUUCAAGUAGGUGUUAUGAUUACGACGUAACGUGUCUGCUAAAUAUAAUCACGUCGUAAACGUGACGUCGUGAUAUAUUUGAAGACUUAAGGACGACCUUCAAAGUACACUAAACGAUAAUCGAUUUCUCGCCGUAAAAUAGACGUUAGUAUAUUUUACGACGUAACGAUGCGAGUACAAGGUUUACGUCGUAAAUUUAUACGACGUGAUACCUGACAGGAGAAUAUGACCCCCUGGACGUGAAAAAGGCGUCAGAAAGUUAAAAAUGUGCUCAAAGUGUUUUGAGCAGUAAUGAACGCCAUAAUAUGGCGUUGACUAAUUUGUUAUCUGUAACAGUAGCAAGUUCAUCCAGUAAAGAAUUGUCACUAUCGUCUAUUAUAGUCUCAAUCUAAAAAUACCUUUUACGAAUUGUUUUUGAAACACGACAAUGGAAUCUGUGCUUUUACUUCGGUGCUGACGCUUAUAGUUUGCGACUCAUCCAGGUGAACUCUUAAAAGGUCGGCUUUUGCCAUGAGAUUUUAGUUGAAUUUUUUACGACGUAACGUGUUUUUAUGACGUAACGUCGUGAUAUAUUUGAAGACUUAAGGACGACCUUCACAGUACACUGAACGAUAUUCGAAUUCUCGCCGUAAAAUAGACGUUGGUAUAUUUUACGACGUAACGACGUGUGCACAAGGUUUACGUCGUAAAUUUUACGACGUGAUACCUGACAGGAGAAUUUGACCCCCUGGACGUGAAAAAGGUGUUAGAAAGUCAAAAACGUGCUCAAAAUGUUUAAAUGUAAAAAACUGAAAAACGCACGUGCGGAGUGAUUGUUUUUGCUCAUUAAACCUACUGUUUUGUGGCGUUCUCGUUGCCGUUGCCGUCCUCGUUGCUUAAGCUCUCUAUUUAAUGA